AUUACAAAACCAUCUCACACUCCACAAAACACAAAAAGAAAUGACCAAACCAAUCAUGCUUCGGUUUCUAAUCGUGGCACUCGCCAUUGCCACUGUCUCAUUGGUCACAGCCCAAGUCCCACCGGAGAAACAGUUCAGAGUCGUAAACAACGACGAGUUUGGCGACUACAUCACCGAGUACGACGCGAGCUACAGAUUCAUCAACUCACCCAACGCAAGCUUCUUCACAAGACCGUUCCAGCUCUUGUUCUACAACACCACCCCUAGCGCCUACGUCUUAGCCCUCCGUGUCGGACUCAGAAGCGAGGAGUCGCUCAUGCGUUGGAUCUGGGACGCAAACCGCAACAACCCCGUGGGCGAAAACGCAACUCUCUCACUCGGCCGCAACGGUAACCUUGUCCUCGCCGAGUCAAACGGCCGAGUCAAGUGGCAGACCAACACGGCCAACAAAGGCGUCACAGGAUUCCAAAUCUUACCCAACGGCAACAUCGUGCUACACGACAAAAACGGCAAGUUCGUUUGGCAGAGUUUUGAUCACCCCACCGACACACUCCUCACCGGACAAUCGCUUAGAGUCAACGGACCUAACAAACUCGUCAGCCGUAAAUCCGACAUGGACGGCUCGGAUGGUCCCUACAGCAUGGUUCUUGACACCAAAGGCUUGACCAUGUACGUUAACAAAACAGGUCAGCCGUUAGUAUACGGCGGAUGGCCCAACCACGACUUCCGCGGCACCGUAACGUUCGCCGUUAGAAGAGAGUUCGACAACUUAACGGAGCCGUCAGCUUAUGAGCUCCUCCUAGAACCCGCACCACAACCAACGACAACUAAUCCAGGUAACAACCGUCGUUUACUCCAAUCCCGACCAAUUGGAAGCGGAGAUGGAACUCUAAACCUGAACAAGAUCAACUACAACGGAACCAUCUCAUAUCUCAGACUCGGCUCCGACGGUAGCCUCAAGGCCUUCUCGUGGUUCGACCCAGCCACGUACCUCACAUGGGAAGAGUCCUUCUCUUUCUUCUCCACUUACUUCGUCAGACAAUGCGGCUUACCGUCGUUCUGCGGCGACUACGGUUACUGCGACCGUGGAAUGUGCGUUGCGUGCCCUACACCCAAAGGGUUACUCGGAUGGAGCGACCAAUGCGCACCACCUAAAACGACGCAGUUCUGCAGCGGAGGCAAAGGUAAGGCCGUGAAUUACUACAAGAUCGUCGGCGUUGAGCAUUUUACUGGGCCUUAUGUUAAUGAUGGACAAGGCCCAACUUCUGUGAACGAUUGCAAGGCUAAGUGCGACCGUGAUUGCAAGUGUUUGGGUUACUUCUACAAGGAGAAGGACAAGAAGUGUUUGAUCGCUCCUCUUCUUGGUACACUCAUCAAAGACGCCAACACUUCUUCUGUUGCUUACAUCAAGUAUUAGUGUGUGUUCACUUGAGAUUUAUUUAAUGAAUAAUCGGUGAGUUUUGUAAUGAUUUUGUUAAGGCUCACCGUUUUUU